AUGCUACAAGGGAAUCUCCCAAUUCCUCCACCAAAUACAUAUUUGUACUCGGUGGAGAAGAACAGAAUAACAGGGGAGAUCUCACCCAUGAUAUGUGGUGUCAUGUCUCUAAAAGUACUCAUGUUGUCGAAUAACAACAUGAGUGGACCAAUUCCACCGUGCCUUGCUGAUUCUUUGGAAGCCCUUUUUCUCCAAGACAACAAGUUUUCUGGUCCAAUUCCUCAAUCAUACCCAAAGGAAUGCGACCUGAGGGUGAUGGACUUGAGUCAAAACCAGUUCGCAGGGGAAGUUCCAGAAUCGUUGUCAAAUUGUAAAAUGCUACAGGUUUUGGAUUUAUCAAAUAAUCAGAUGAAACAAACUUUCCCCGCUUGGUUGGGGACUCUUCCACGACUACAGGUUCUUCUUCUGCAUUUCAACAAGUUUCAUGGUGGAAUUGGGAGUCCAAGGAGUCCAUCGGAGUUCCCAUUGUUGUGCAUUAUUAAUCUCUCUCAUAACGCUUUGACUGGUGCUUUGCCUGUGAAUUAUAUCCGUACCUGGAACGGAAUGAAAGUUUCCCGUACAGGCAUGGAGCCAUAUAUUGGGACAGAUGUAAACACGACGUUUGCUUUUGGUGAUUACGCUAUCACGUACAAUCUCAAUUAUUACAGUCCAAUGGUUCUUACAAACAAAGGUGUCAAGACGGAGUACAAUAAGAUUUCUAAUAUUUUCAGUGCAAUUGACCUUUCAAGUAACAAGUUCACAGGACACGUCCCUGAAUCUCUUGGAAGUCUAAAGGCUCUGCAGUUGCUCGACCUUUCAAACAAUGAUCUUACAGGUCCAAUUCCUCCCUCACUCGGGAACCUAACACAGAUUGAAUCAUUGGACCUUUCACAGAACAAGCUCUCAGGAGACAUUCCUGAAGAGUUAGCAGCACAACUCAACUUUCUCGCUUUCUUCAAUGUGUCUCACAACCUCCUAAGUGGUCACAUACCACAAGGCCCGCAGUUCAGAACAUUCAACAACAAUUCUUACAUGGAAAACUCAGAACUUUGUGGAUUUCCUUUAUCUAAGAAUUGUGGAACUGUGCAGUCACCACCCGAGGACAAUGAGGAUGAUUCUGAUAAUUAUACGUUUCCAAGUGGAUUUGAUUGGCUAUUCAUACUAGCAGGAGCCGGAAGUGGACUUGUCGUUGGCUUUGUCAUCGGAAACAUUUUCAUGGAUAGGCACUACUGGCUGAUUGAUGGGAUUGCCCAGAGCUUUGGAGGGACACAAAAGAACAGGAGGAGACGGAAGAGGCAGCAGAACAUUCGGAAUUAA